CUUUUCUUUAUCUGCUUUGAAUCUCUCACAGCUACUAUUAAUUUCAGUAUCUCUUGAGGAAUCAAAUCUGGUGCACGGAUUCCUUUUACGCACUGUGUGGUUGCUUUGAAAAUGGGGAAAACAAGAAAAGAAGAAGAAAAUUUUGAUAUGCUUGUGUGUUUUCAUGUUUCCUUUGCCUCAUUCUUAAUUAGUGACCUUGCUCUCUGGAUGCAAUCCGUAUCGAAUGAUAGCUUUUACCUUACCUUCAUGCAAUAGAGAAUUUAUUCCUAGCUAGAUGUAGUUAGACAAAAAUAAAAUAUUAAUAUAAAUAUCACUGAUAAUAAUAAUAAUAAUAAUAAUAAUAAUAAUAAUAAUAAUAAUAAUAAUAAUAAUAAUAAUAAUAAAAUUUUUCUUGCUUCCACAAUAAAUCUAGUUGCAGUGAUCUCUUCAAAUGAAACUACAAAUCUCAUAAAAUUUAAUAUACCAUUUUAUAUAUCAUUGAAGUUUUAGAUUGUGAAUGGUCUUUGGCUGGUUCAUACAAAGCUUGUGAAUAGACUAUAUGUAUGUUGGCCAUAUAUAAUUCAUUUGACCUUGUAAAGUGUAAUAAGCAGUAAUAAAGCCAAACUACAACCUUGAAGGUUGUUUCAAUUAAAUAUAGAACAUCAUUUUUGGACUUAUAAAUAGGUCCUAAAUUCACAUUUUAGGUUGAAAUUAUGACGAAAACUUUCCCUGACGUUCUGCUAAUAUUUUCUACAUAUAGUAUGAAUUUCUAUUGAUAUUGCAACUAGGACGAGUGAUGUAGAGAGAAUGAAAUGAAGCAAUCCAACUUCAAGAGGAUUUGUGUCUUCUGUGGGACUAGCCAUGGCAAGAAGAGCAGCUACCAAGCAAUCCACAUUUGUGUCUUCUGAAGAAGAAUUAUUUUUAGUGGUUUCCCUCGUCUUAAUAACUAAAUUCAAUAACGGGGAAAAUAAAUGAUAUAUUGGCUUGAGGUGAUGCUUAUCAGUGUUGGCUUAAAAUCUCAGUGAAUCAAGGAACCCCUUUGUAGAAUAUGCAGUGCAAUAUGCUGUAGCAGCAGCCCUUGUGACAUUGGAAAAGGAUAAGAAGGAUUUGUUACACAAACUACUUUUACAAGGUCUUGACAUUACAAUCUUAGGUUGCAAUGACUUCUAUUCAUAUCGGAAUCAAGUGGGGUUUAUCUUGUGAGAUUGGAAAAGGGAAAGUUCGCAGUGGUUUUGAUGUUAGUUCUGCAGUUUAUGGUAGUCAACGAUAUGUUCGCUUUUCACUAGAAGUGCUUUCUUCUGCUCAGUUCAAACAUUUUGCGGACAAGGUUAUUGUUGAGGAACAAGUAGAGAGGAUGAUGAGUGGUGAUGCUGUGGAACCAAUAAAUGAUGGAAUUAGUGAAUUCAAUGUGGAAUUCCAUUGUCCAAAAGAAAGUAUUGCUGAGGGAAUAGUUGAUAUGAUGGUGUAAUGAUAUUGGGAGCUAAACUAAGAUUGUUCUUUUAUUUUUUAUUUUAUUUUAUUUUUUAUUUUUUUUGAGGACUUGAAUCUAUUAGUACUUUGUAUAUAUAUUUUAGGGAUGGUUGAUGGAUAUUUGUUUUGCUUGUAUGGAUGUUUAUAUUUUGU